UGUUCAAUGUCAUAACAACAGUCCGUUUGCUACAAUUUUUACUCUUUCAACUAACAGUCCUGUGGAAAGCAAUGACUGUAAGUGAGACAUGUUUAUUAAUUCUAUAUAAGUGAAUUUCUAAAUACUAUUUUUCUGUCUUUGUAGUUUUACUCCAAAUAAUAACGUCUUUGAAGCAAGGAGUUCACUUGUUACAAGGGGGACAUUUUUCAUUUUUUUUAAUAUUCGUUCUUUUAUGUUCAAUUUCACUUUUUUAGUUAAAUGUGAGAGAUCUUAAAGCUUUGUUUUUGUAUGGUAAAGGGCAGAAAACUCCCCCUCUUUUUUUAGAGUUUGGUCUAAUCCAUUUUGGAGCAAAGAUGGAUGAAGAAAAGGACCCAAGUAUGUGUUUAUGGUCCUUCAGAGAGGGAGACUUUUGGAAAAAUCACCCUUAAAUCUUUCACGGUCUUCCACGCGGCCUGCACUUAAGGGAUUUUUUAGCGCCGUUUAGAGCUGACUGAACAGACCCGUCCCCCCCUCAUACACACACAUAUCCAAAUCAACAAGCUCCAUUGUUUAUGAGAGGUUGUUAUUGUUGGGAAAUGUUCAGAAACAAGAGAAAACUCCAGAGCCCGGCUGCACCGAGAUGUCCAAAGUAAAGAGAGCUGAGGUGAGAUGGGGGGUAGUGGUGGUGGUGAUGGGGGGGAAAGGGAAAAAGGGAGAAAUUCCUCUCAUUCCCCCGCUGCUGUUUUCCAGAUUCCUCAAGCGACAGCUUCACGGCUGCGCGAGUGAAGUAAGCAACCGGAUGGGAAGCUGAAGCGAGUGGUGAAAGGAAGAGAAGCGCAUUCUUGAGGGGCCGCGUCACCCACUCGCAGAAUGGAGAGACACUCAAUCUCUGUUUCUGUGCCGGGCCGUGUGGAACAAACAGGAAGUUCGGGGAGCGCCCUCAGCCACAGCGCCUAACAAGAGAAGCGAUGAGGAAUUACCUGAAGGAGCGAGGGGACCAAACUGUCAUGAUCCUGCAUGCAAAAGUUGCACAGAAAUCAUACGGGAAUGAAAAAAGGUUCUUCUGCCCUCCUCCUUGUGUGUACCUGAUGGGCAGCGGCUGGAAGAAAAAGAAGGAGCAGAUGGAGCGAGACGGCUGCUCCGACCAGGAGUCGCAGCCCUGCGCCUUCAUCGGCAUCGGCAACAGCGACCAGGAAAUGCAGCAGCUCAACUUAGAGGGAAAGAAUUAUUGCACAGCCAAAACCUUGUACAUAUCUGACUCUGACAAGAGAAAGCACUUCAUGUUAUCCGUCAAGAUGUUCUACGGCAACAGUGCGGACAUCGGAGUCUUCCUCAGCAAAAGAAUCAAAGUCAUCUCCAAGCCCUCCAAAAAGAAGCAGUCCCUGAAAAACGCCGACUUGUGCAUCGCGUCGGGGACGAAGGUGGCGCUCUUCAACCGGCUGCGCUCCCAAACAGUCAGCACGCGCUAUCUCCACGUGGAGGGCGGCAACUUCCACGCCAGCUCCCAGCAGUGGGGGGCCUUCUACAUCCACCUGCUGGACGAUGAAGAGUCAGAAGGAGAAGAGUUCACUGUCAGAGACGGUUACAUCCACUACGGUCAGACGGUCAAGCUGGUCUGCUCAGUGACGGGGAUGGCUCUGCCCAGACUGAUCAUUCGGAAGGUGGACAAGCAGACGGCGCUGCUGGACGCCGACGACCCCGUCUCCCAGCUCCACAAGUGUGCCUUCUACCUGAAGGACACGGAGCGCAUGUACCUGUGCCUUUCCCAAGAAAGGAUCAUCCAGUUUCAAGCCACUCCAUGCCCAAAGGAACCAAACAAGGAGAUGAUCAACGACGGCGCCUCCUGGACAAUCAUCAGCACGGACAAGGCCGAAUACACCUUCUACGAGGGCAUGGGCCCUGUGCACUCGCCUGUCACCCCUGUGCCUGUGGUGGAGAGCUUGCAGCUGAACGGCGGGGGGGAUGUCGCCAUGCUGGAGCUGACGGGGCAGAACUUCACCCCAAACCUGCGGGUUUGGUUCGGAGAUGUGGAGGCGGAGACCAUGUACAGGUGCGCAGAGAGCAUGCUGUGCGUGGUCCCCGACAUCUCUGCCUUCCGCGAGGGCUGGCGCUGGGUGCGGCAGCCCGUCCAGGUGCCCGUCACGCUGGUGAGGAACGACGGCAUCAUCUACUCCACCACGCUGACCUUCACCUACACGCCGGAGCCGGGGCCCCGGCCGCACUGCAGCGCCGCCGGGGCCAUCCUGCGGGCCGGGAACUCCAGUCUGCUCAGCAGCAGCGGCGGCGGCCAGGAGGCCGGCGUCUACGGCCCCAACAGCACCUCCGGCGGGGGAGUCACCUCGUCGUCCUCCACCGCCGCCGCCGUGGUAUCCUAACGCCCGGCGUUUGCCUUGAGAGCAAAUAUGCCAGAAAGGCAUAUAAAGACUAGAGGAAGCAAACUGUCUCACUCUAAAGUGCUGCAUUUUUGGAAACCCGGCGGGGGUAAAGGACCAUCAGCCAGAGUGGCACCGCCCAUCCCCGCCCCCGCUCCGCCCCUCUCUUAUGGUUACUUUAAGGACCCGCCCACCGCCGCCUGGUCCUGGUGUUGGGAUGGAGUGAUGUUCCCGCAGAGCACCAGCACCUUCCUUCAGCUGUGAGAAAACCACAACAACAACACACCCACACCAAAAACACACACCUCCACCCCGCUUUUUACUCUGGAGUUCUCCGGACCCCUUAAAGGAGGCUGGAUGUGUUGUUGUUGAAGGAAGCGCAAGGACGCAGAGGGACGCACGAACCGCGACGAUAACAUAGUUUUUAUGGACCAAUGAUCUUGUAUAAGCUUUAGUAAAGGUACAUUUUUCUCCAUACCUUUUUUAUAUUAAACAUAUAGUACACUUUUGUUACCAAA